AUGGCUGACUUCGAGCGCGACCGAGCCCAUGGGACGAAAUCAACGAAUUAUAUCGAUGUUUCUGUUUCUAGCUCUGCCGAGAUCAUCGACUCCUUGUCGAGACUAGAAGAUGACAACCAAAAAGAGACAUUUGGCUGCCAGCAAUGCUCAAAAGUGUUCAACCGCCGUGAAAAUUUAAGUCGCCAUCUCAAAACACACGAUGCAUCACCGUCGCACUGCUGUUCAAAAUGUGGAAAGGGAUUCACGAGAAGCGAUUUGUUGCGGCGGCAUCAAGCUGGACAUGAAAGAUGGGACAAUCAAGACUCAAAACGACGACAAACGUCUGGAAAGAAGAGAAAAGUUGAUGUUCAGGGUUCAAUGACAUCCGAAUCUGCUGGUAAUUCCUCUUGGACCAACAGCACCGAAUCGAGUGGUAUGUCGAGGCCAUAUGGGUCCGCUUACAGAGCCGUUCGAGAUGCGUUUGCCAUUCAACGACCAAUGGCUAACAGUGCAAUCUCAUCGCCAGGCUUUACAGAUCCGAAUCCACAGACAUAUCAGGCAAUGCAGGAAUCUCACUAUGAAUCAAUACUCAACUCAGAUCCGGAGCAUCAUGAUAUGUUUCCCCAAGUGCAUACAAAUAUGCCAGUGAGGCCUCAUCCUCUGGAUACCUUCUCCAACGACUUUUCAUCAUUUCUCCUACCUCCAGAAGUCAAUCAAUUCAGUCAAGAAUGGUUUUCGUACGAUUUCUAUUCUGCUAUGCAGGAAGUUGGGAACGAAUGGGGCGGACUCGGUGUUCUUCUUGAUCCAAAUAUGCUAACUCCUGGUCAUGAAUACUCCAAUGUUGACACGAGCAAUUAUCAGGAGUUGGAUGCGGAAGGGAGUAAAUCGAAGGAAAGCAGCCAAGGACGAAUUAGUCGAGUUUCCUCUCCUCCUAAUGAAGCAUCAGAAGAAGAUAAAUGGCCCUUCCAAUGGAAUCCAAAUUCUCGUCAGAUACUCAAAGCUCAACCUAUCCACAUCCCAAAUGAUCACCCACUGUUUCAAAAUCACUAUUCCAGAUACGACAUCACGGAAGCUACCCUACUUCGUUUGCAAUACUUCCUUCAACCUCCAGCCGGACGCGAGUUUCACAAAUCCCAAAAGGGUUCAUUCGUUCUUCCGUCACUCCCAAUCAUCAACGUUUUCAUUCGACUCUUCUUCGAGAACUUCUCUCCACACAUGCCAGUGCUCCACCAUCCUACGGUAAACACGAAUGCUGAUUUGCCUCCACCCCUCCUUGCAGCAAUCGUCAUCAUUGGAGCGAUCUAUAGCAACGUCAAACAUACUCGGCGCUUUUCGAUCGUUUUGCUGGAUAUUAUCCGCUGGCAUCUGCGUAUAGCCAUUGAAUGCGAUAAUAGUCUAAUGAGAGACCCGAUGAUCAUCUAUGCUGAAGCAUUGAUAUGUCAUACUGGGAUUUGGGGAGGCAACAAGCGUGCCUUUGAGUUAGCGGAAGUAGUUCGUGGAGGUUUGGUCACAUAUAUUCGACGAGUACGAUUCGGUGAUCAAUUGAUGAAGACGCCGGAACAAGACAUCAGAGGGAAUCUCCAAGAAGAAUGGAAGCGGUGGAUCACAGAAGAGUCUCAAAGAAGAUUGGCUUGGGCUGUGUACGGCAUUGAUUCAUACUUUCCCAGCAUACUGAAUCUACCUCCAACCAUAUCAAUGGGAGAAGUGAGGAAUCUGGUGUGUCCCUGCGAUGAAGAGUUCUGGGCCGCAACUUCUGCCAGGAACUGGAAAAAUCUUCUUGGUCCUGCAAGCGUACCUCCUUCGAGAUCAUUCUCUGCUGCAGUAGGACCCUUCGUGUUGCCGGGACAUGGACGACUUCCUGCAAUAAAUCUCAACCCAUGGUCCGCGUUCCUCGUCCUUCAGUCCAUGACACAUCAAAUCUUCCAAUUCUCACUCGAUUCAAUGGUCGCACGAACAUUUAUGGACGAUGACCCGUGCGGGGACGACACGAUGUAUCCUCCAGGAGAUCCAAACAAUUUCCUUCGCAAACUUCAUGCUGAACGUCAUGCUCAAUUGGCAGAAUCUCUUGAUGCGUGGGCAACAUCGUACUUGACUCGAUCACAACCACAUUUCCAUCCUGCAUCAAAACACUUCCACGCAUGCUCAGUCGUGAUUCAUCAUCUGAGCACUAUUCUUCUUGACGUACCACUUUCCGAUCUCCAGAACGCAAUAGGGAAAGAUGGGAUAGGUGGAAUCGUCCAAGCAAUGACCAAUCUCAGCAAUUGGGCUCGAAGAUCUCCACAUAUUGCGGACCAGGCAGCAUACAACGCCACUAAAACCAUUGUAUCUCUCGCUCCGAGCAACAAUCUAAGCGAUGAUGGUGUCAGAAAUGUGGACACAGCGCCAUAUAGCUUGAUUGCCCUCUUCCUGUGUCACAUCGUGCUUUGGGCAUAUGCGACAGUCGCGCCGAGAGAACAAAAGAUGAGGCUAUUGCACAGUGUGAUGCAACAUCCAGCAUUACGGAUAAGUGCUUUCGUGGUGUUGUUAAAGCGGGCCCUUGGUCUUGAUGGCCAGGAAGAGGAUGGCGAGCCAAAGUUAUUGUUCAGAAGUGCAGCGGAGAUGUUGACGAGGCUGGGAACUUGGGGUGGAAGUUUAAAUUUGGCGUUACUUCUCCAUCGAAGGGCUGAAAUGUAA